AUGUCCAAGGUAUACAAGACUGUACAAGGUAUAUCAGUACAUUUACAGGACGUUAUAGAUAGAGUCAUUAAGCAGUCAGAGAAGAAGGAAAGAAGACGGAGGAGAGAUAAUGGAGAUAAUGGAGUUAAUGGCGUCAUUAGCGUCUUACACACACUGCCAGCAGUGUUAAUUCCUCUCUUGACUGUUCUUGUGGAUGUUAAUGAUGACUUGGAGGCGCCUGAAUGUCUGGAGGUCAGUAUAUGCGAGGCCAACCAUGCUAUGGUCUCCAGAGACCUUGGAGGUUAUGCAAGAGGCUUCCUGGCCUCUGAUAAGGAGAACUCUCUUGGUGUUUCACUGGGAGGUUCACUGGCCUCUCAACUGGAGAAGUCUCUUGAAGGUUCAAUGGAAGACCUCCUGGCCUCCAGGAAGGAGAGGCCUCUUCCGGGUUUAAUUAGAGGCUUCCUGGCUUCUAUGAAGGAGAAUAAGGAUCUUGGUGGGUUAAUGGGAGGUUUUCUGACCACCAAAGAGGAGGAGAAGCCUAAUGGAGGUCAACUAGGAGGUUUCUUAGCAUCCAGAGUGGCGAAUAAGACACUUGGAGCUCAAUUAAUGGCCUUAAAAACAUCCUUAUUCUCUCAGGAGGCUUCCGGAGAGGAGUACAAGCCUCUUCGAGGUCACCUAAAACCUUUAAUGGCCUUCUUAACCAAUCAAACGGCUUCCAAGAAGGAAGAGAAGCCUCUUACAGGUCAUCAAGAAGCUUUUCUGACGUCCAGAAAAGAUAAGAAGACUCUUGGAGGUCAACUAGGAGGUUUCCUGACCACCACCACGGAAGAGGACAAGUCACCUGAAGGUCAAUUAGGAGGUUUCCUGGCCUCAAUGAUCACCCAGGUGGCCUCCAGGGCUAUAAUUAGUGAAGCAGAGGUUUACUUGAAGUCAGUGAGGGCCGGGCAGGUCGGGAGGUCGAGAGGUCACUGUAGGGAGGUCUACCCUCACUGUCCUAAACUGAAACCUAGACAUAGCGUCCACCUCGGUGAUGUUUUGGCCUUUAUAAAAGAGACAGUGAGAGGAAGUGAACGUGAGAGACAGUGAAGGUGAACGUCAGAGAGUGAGAGACUGACAGAGAGAAAGUGAGAGACAGUGAAGGUGAACGUCAGAGAGUGAGAGACUGACAGAGGGAAAGUGUGAGACUGAAAGUGAGAGAAAGUGAGAGACAGUAAGAGAAAGUGAGAGACAGUGAAAGUGAAAGACGGUAAGAAAUGAGUUAGAGAAAGUGAGAGGCUGUGAGAAAAUAUGAGAGACAGUGAGAGUGAGAGACACCAAGAGUGAGAGACAGUGAGAGUGAGAGAGACUGUAAGAGAAUGUGAGACAGUGAGAGAAAAUGAAAGAAUGUGAGAGAGAGUGAGAAUGAGAAACAGUGAGAGUGAAAGACAGUGAGAAGAGUGACAGUGAGAGACUGAGUCUGUGAGAGACAGUGAGAGUGAGCGAAUCUGAGAGAAAAUGAAUGACAGUGAGCGCGAAAGACAAUGACAGUGAGAAACAGUGAGAGAGAUAGUAGAGAAUGUGAGUGACAGUGACAGUGAAAGACAGUGAGAGUGAGAGAGAGUGAGAGUGAAAGUGAAAGACAGUGAGAGACAGUGAGAGUGAGAGACAGAGUGAAAGACAGUGAGAGACAGUGAGAGUGAGAGACAGAGUGAGACAGAGUGAGAGACAGAGACAGAAUGAGACAGAGAUAGAGUGAGACAGUGAGACAGAGUGAGAGACAGAGUGAGAGACAGAGUGAGAGACAGUGAGAGUGAGAGACAAAGUGAGACAGAGUGAGAGACAGACCCACACUUGGAUCCACUUCGAAAACAGCGUGAAGCUUCUAUACCACAAGACGGGCAGCCAACAGCAACUUCUCCAGGACAUCACUUCAUGUGAGAUCAUUUAUCCCCAGGAUGACUUGAGUCUGGAACACAGUCGUACACCAUUAUGAUGUCAACCAGAUGAAGUCGCUUGAUCAAAUGCUGGCCCACAGCUGGCCCACAGCUGGCCCACAGCUGGCCCACAGCUGGCCCACAGCUGACCCACGGCUGGCCCACAGCUGGCCCACAGAUGGUACACAGAUGGUACACAGCUAUCCCACAGAUGGCUCACAGCUGGCCCACAGAUGGCUCACAGCUGACCCACAGCUGGCCCACAGCUGGCCCACAGCUGGUCCACAGCUGGUCCACAGAUAAGCUGAUGUAGGUAAUAUCUCUUAGGUUGUCAAUAAAGUUAGGAAUCCUUAACCUUGUUAAUGGAGGCCGUAAGAGUAACAUCUCGACCCAUUUAUUUAUCAACCGAUUAUGUUCAUUUUUGGUGUACAAUUAGAAGAUUAUGUCGACCAUGGUUUGCUGAAGUUUCAAAAAUAUCGGCUAAAAAGAAAAUGAAAUAUUCAAAAUUUACGAAAAAUUACAUUUGUGAGUUGUGUGACUCAGUGGCACUUGGAAAAGUGGUGUUGACACUUGCUGCUGAUACAACACUUAUAAUUACGUGCUCUCUACCUUUUCUAAAAUAAACUUUAUCUUCAUGCUAAAAAAAAAUAAAGUUUCAUAACUUUUUGACAUUUUGGAAGAUGUCGGUCUUGUUGCCAACAUAAAUCUGAAAAUAUUUGGGAUAGUUCAGAGAGGUUCACAGAAACAAGUAAAGCAGUCAUUCUUCUUGUUGUGAAAAUCAAGUCAAUUCAUUCAUAAAUAAGGAUGGAGUCCCCAUAAAUAGGUAAAUAACUUACUUCCCAGAUAUAGGCCGCAGCGCGCGGCACCCCAGGUGCCCGGGGAAUUUUUUUUUUCCCGAAAAAUUCGCUUUCUUUUACAGUUUUUCCGUAACCUGCGAGUGUUUAUUACAGUUAACCAUUGUAAAUCUCCGUUUUCUGUCAUCAUAGAGACGAGAGAAUGGAUCUUCACCUUCAUGGGUUAUAUCGCUAGAACUUUUUUUCCUCUGGGGCGUCAUAUUAUGCUAUAUAUUAUUAUUUUGGUGUACUAUUUAUGUCUCUAUGCUAUUAUUAUAUUGCCUUAUGUCAUAUUAGAUCAAUUGUGAUAGAUAAAUAAGUCUUAUAAUUGAUAUUAGCGUGGGUAUGGAAUAUUUUGUUGGGUGGUGAGUGUCGGCCAUCUUGGGCACUAUACCCAGGGGAGGUUCCCUAUUGGUCCAUUGACCAUAUUAGCUCCGCCCACUCUGCCAUGAUUAUAUUAGACGUAAAGAUAUAAGAAAACGAUAAAUUAGACACAUGUGCAACUCUUGGGUAUCUUUAUUGAGGAAACGUUUCGCCACACAGUGGCUUCAUCAGUCCAUACAUAGGAGAAUCUUGAAGAACAGGAGGAGAAUGAGGUAAUCAGUCCCUCAACCUUGAGUCGAUGUGUUCAGUCCAUGCACAUGUGUCUAAUUUAUCAAC